UGGGAUACGGUUUAAUCUGGCUCGUUUCCUGUCCGUACGAACUCGUGAUGUUUUUAAACGUCAUGGACUGCUCAUGGAUCAAUUUCCACCCCGGCCAAUAGGUUGGGAUUUCGAUAAUUGUACAAACGAAAACGAUCAUCAUGAUGCGAUGAUGAGGGAAAUUCGAGUGGCACCAAUGAAGGAGGAGGAACAGAGGGAACAAGAGGAGGACAAGACAGAGACCAAGACAGCAGUCGAGAAGGGAAUCAUGGCGUGGAAGAGAGCAAGAGCUUCGAGCCAGAGGACCUCCCGCACAACAAAAGACGGAGAGACAGACAAGAAGAAGAGCUGCCAACAAGUUGCUGCCAAAAUGACGAUGAGAAUAGUGAUGGUAGUAGUGGUGCAAGCAAGAAGAAUGAUAGAGAGAGCACUCCUAAACGAAGUCGAGUGCAGCGUGACAGUCUUAGUAGACACGUGCAGUUUUCUUCUGUUAUUACUACGGUAUCUGUCUUUAAUCCUGAGAAUAGCGUAGCUCCCCCUACGACGCUCGGUCCCGGGGUCCCAGAUAGUGGACUAUAGAAACAUUUUGUGUUUCCCG